CCUAGCUCCUUCUCUAUGUACCCUACUAUGAAGACUCUCCAAUCUUGAAAGAAAGGUCAACCUUCCACCAUCAACAACCAACAUUUCCUAAUCUGCCCUCCACAUUUCCUUCUUCUUCUUCUUUAAAUAUCAAAUUUUCUCUCUCCUCUAAUUUGCAUUAUUACAUCAAACUGAACUGAAAGAAGAAAGAGAGAGAAAAAAAAUGGAGCAAAAUGUUAGAGGAGUACCCACACAUGGUGGAAAGUACGUACAGUACAGUUUGUACGGAAACAUUUUCGAAGUUUCUAGUAAGUAUGUCCCUCCUCUUCGCCCUGUUGGUCGCGGCGCUUAUGGUAUUGUUUGUGCUGCUGUCAAUUCUGAGACACGAGAAGAAGUUGCAAUUAAGAAGGUCAGCAAUGCAUUUCAUAACAGAAUAGAUGCCAAAAGAAUACUGCGUGAAAUCAAACUUCUUCGCCACAUGAACCAUGACAAUGUUAUCGUCCUCCGGGAUAUUAUACGGCCUCCACAGAAAGAGAAAUUCAAUGAUGUAUAUAUGGUUCACGAACUGAUGGAUACAGAUCUACACCAAAUAAUAAGUUCCAGCAACCAGUUGACUGAUGAUCAUUGUCGGUAUUUCCUAUAUCAAAUAUUACGAGGCCUGAAGUAUAUUCACUCUGCCAAUGUGCUGCAUCGUGACCUGAAACCUAGCAAUUUACUACUGAAUGCAAAUUGUGAUCUCAAGAUUGGAGACUUUGGACUUGCUAGAACGACUUCUGAAACCGAUUUCAUGACUGAGUAUGUUGUCACUCGGUGGUAUCGAGCUCCAGAAUUGCUUCUGAAUUGUUCAGAGUACACUGCUGCAAUCGAUAUAUGGUCUGUUGGAUGCAUACUUGGGGAGAUUAUAACCAGAAAACCCCUUUUUCCCGGCAAGGAUUAUGUUCAUCAGCUGAAACUAAUUACUGAGCUCAUAGGUUCACCUGAUGACUCCAGUAUAAGCUUCCUACAAAGUGACAAUGCUCGAAGAUAUGUUAGGCAGCUUCCACAAUUUCCAAGACAACAGUUCUCUGCUAAAUUUCCGAAUGCUUCUCCUCUGGCUAUUGAUUUGCUUGACAAAAUGCUGGUAUUUGAUCCCAGCAAGCGUAUUACAGUUACUGAGGCACUCUGCCACCCGUACUUGGCCCCUCUACAUGACAUAAAUGAAGAACCCAUUUGUCCACAGCCAUUCAGUUUCGAUUUUGAGCAGCCAUCUUUCACAGAGGAGAACAUCAAGGAGCUCAUUUGGAGGGAGUCCGUGCUAUUCAACCCAGACUCGCGAUUUGGUUAACUUGACAUGGUGAAUCGAUAAUGGUUAAAACUGCCCUCUUUAUUGGCAGAAUGUGAAAUGCUGAUAGUUUUCUGGUGAACUUUGAAAAUCUUUAUUCUAAUUGCAACUGAAAUCGCGUUGAAGUAAAAAUGCAUAUAGAACGCAGGUUUCUUGUAUAUGAUUGAAUUAUAUUAAUGUACCUUCCCUAUUAGAGUGUUGUAUUAUGUAGUAAUAUCUUGGAAAUAUGACUUUUAUUCUUCCCUACUGAAUAACAAACUGCCUUUUGUAUGCU